AUGCAUGUAUUCCAGUCACAAAGAAGAGAUAAUAGAUGUGGACACGUGGAUUAUGAAGCGCCGAAUUCUUCAUCGAAUGAAAUAUUGGUAAAACUGUUGAUAAUCAAUCCAUUCUCUACAAUGAUUGAGCUAUUCAAUAAGCUAAAGCGACCUUUCAAUGGUAUUUGGGAUGCUGUGGAGUCCAACAAGGUAACCUUUGAGUCCAUAUUACUCAGGCUUCCUGUGAAAAGCAUAUUAAUCUUCAAAUCCGUUUCAAAGCUCUGGUAUAAUCUAAUGUCCAAAAAGUCUUUCAUCUUAUCACAUAGACAUUUCUCCAAACAAAACCCCAAAUUUUUCGUCUUCUAUGCUCCCGAUGAAGACCUUGAAGACAACAUACUUCAUGAAAUGCAUCUAAUGGAACCCAAUGGGGCCUACACCGAAUCCUACACAAUUCCCAUUUUUAAAACCUUACAAUUACAUCACCCGAUUUUAAUCGCUUCUUUCAAUGGUCUAAUAUGCUUCAUGAAUGAUAUGACUCCAUACGAAUCAUCAUAUGACAUGGCAUUACACAUCUGCAACCCCGCCACCCGUGAAGUCCUAACCCUCCCGAGAAGCCACCUGUCAUAUGACAUACCGAUUUUCGGGGUCUUGUAUUCGAACAAUUUCCAUAUUUAUAAAAUCUUUAAGUUUUUUAGUGACCCUGUUGAUCCCGAAAAGGGUUAUGCACAAUGUGAAGUGUACUCUUCAAAAUCAGGAGAAUGGAAACUAAUCCCGCGUAUCACUUUGCGUCCUUUAAUAAAUUUUACCCUUUCAUUGGCAUCGAAUCAUGUUUGUGUAAAUGAAAAGUUAUAUUGGUUUGUCUCUCAAGAUUUUGAUGAGGGUUUUGAAUAUCCGACUUUGAUACUUAUGGUUGAUAUUGACGAUAAUUUCCAUGAAAUCGAGAUUCCAAAUGGUUCUGAAACCGCGUUCUUGAUUGAGUUUUGGGGGAGGCUUUGUUUUGUGGAUUGGACAAAGUCAAAGUUUUAUAUUUGGCUUUUUAAUGAGAUGAAUGAAGGUUGGUAUUUGUUGGAGAUAGUGAAAUUUCCUGUUGAUUCGAUGGAAGUUGCUUAUUUUGACUCGGUGGCUGCAUGUGAGGAUGAAAUAUUGUUUGUUUAUAAAGAUGUUAAGGGUUUGAGACAUGAGAAAUUGUAUGAUGUGGGCCAUAGUACAUGGAAAGAAUUCCAUAUAGCUGAGGAUGAUAAAGAUAAAGCAAUUGUUGUGUUUCCGUUCUUUGAAACUCUCCUUCCGUGUAAAAGUCACUGGUAAUAAAGAGCAAAAAGGCAAAUACUUGUUACAACAUGAUCUGCAGGUAGGAAUAUGCAACUGGGAUCUGGUUCAGGUGUCUGAGUGGUGGUGGUUUUCUUAAAAAACUGUGUGUGAAGUGUGAACUGUAAACUCUGUUUCUGUUGUUUGGUUUGUUUGAACUUCUUUAACUGUGUGGUUUGUGAACUCUGUGUGUUUUGUGUGCU